AUGCCACGCGGUACCCUCGGGGCCAGAUUUAAUUGUAUUUGUGCCAGGAACUUUUCGUUCAUUCCAUUUGGAGAAGAAGCCGAGGUAGAGGAGGAAGUGGUUGCUGCAGUUUCAGAGCAGGUUAUCCGCAAGCUAACUGAAAUUGCCGACGAUAUGGAGGAACGCUAUGGUAAUCUUAUUAAUGACCAAGCGAAUUCAUGGCUCUCAUCUGGCGAUUUUGAUACUUUUGUUGAUAUUGCCAAAGGACCUAUCACUUGGUCUCGAAUAGUUGUUCUUUUCAUGUUUGCAACAAAAAUUAUUGCGAAUGCUAUUGCUAAGCAUAUAGGUGAUCUCGCCCAAAUGAUCGUGUCUCAUGUCGUGAAAUUUCUUUUUAUUCACGGCAUACUAGGUUGGGUUAGAAAACGAGGUGGCUGGCUUGCUGUUCUAUAUGAAUACCAUCCUGCUACAAGUGCUACGGGUUGCAUCGCUUUUUUCAGUCUUUUGGCUUGCGUUACUCUUGCUACUAUGAUGGUAAAAAAAGGCUAA